AUGAGCUCCCCGCAACGUCUAGCUCCCUCAAUCGAUGAACUCCGGCAAUUCUAUGUCGGCAAGACCGUUGAGGAUGUCCCGAAACCUGCUCUGGUUCUAGAUGUCGCCAAGGCACGCAGGCACUGCCAAUCUAUGCUCGAUGCCGUACAAGCCCUUGGAGUAGGCUUCCGAGCUCAUGUCAAGACCCACAAGACAACCCAGCUUGCAAGAUUACAAGUAGGCGAAACUUCAUCACAAGUGAAAAUUGUCGUCUCCACCGUUCCCGAGCUGCAACAUUUGCUGCCGCUCCUAAGGGAGUUUAAAGACAAUGGACGUCAAAUUGAUGUGUUAUAUGGCAUACCCCUCCCGCCAUCUCAAGCGACGCGAGUCGCCGAGAUAGCCCGCGAACUUGGUCCUGGCAGCAUAACCUUCAUGAUUGACCACCCUGAUCAACUUGAAGCAGUUGGUCAUUUCUUCCAGAAGGCUGGCUUUCCAGCCGGAGUCUAUUUGAAGGUCGACACCGGCUAUCACCGCGCUGGCCUCCCUCCUUCUGCUCUUAACAAGAAUGGUCUGCUUGAAAAGGUCAUGCAUCUCGAAGCUGCUGGCCAGAUCACAUUGACCGGUCUCUAUUCGCAUAGCAGCCUUAGCUAUGCUGACACGACUGCCAAGCAGGCUAUGGAUAAUCUCGCCGCCGAGAUCAAGGGCUGUGUUGAUGCACUCCAGCAAAACUCGAAGCACUUCCCGCAAAACAAGGAGCUCACCAUCAGUGUUGGGGCGUCGCCGCAGGUGGCUGCAGUUCAGAACUUUGCAGGUGCGCAAGCGGAACAGAGUUCCGAUAGUGAGCAUCUCAGAACCACCAUCCAGGAAGUCACGAAAGGUGAGCUGCUUGGCUUCCGGGUCAAUCUCGAACUGCACGCUGGCGUUUAUACUGUCCUCGACAACCAGCAACUCUCUACCCAUGCCAGAACGUUUCUUAGCGAUGAGGAAGAGGAAGUUGCCGUUUUUGUGGCGGCCGAGGUUUGCAGCGUGUAUAAUGAUGGCGAGAGAAAGCAGCCAGAGGCGCUCGUAGCUGUUGGGGUCCUCGGUCUUGGCCGAGAGCCUUGCCCUUCAUACACUGGCUGGGGAAUCGUGAGCCGCAAGUCAUACGCCAAGGAUGUUGAAACAAAGCAUCGACUUGUGGUAGGCAGAAUUAGCCAGGAACAUUCGAUUCUGACCUGGGAUACUAAACCAGAAGGCGACGAGGCCAACGAGUUGCCACCAGUACCCCUGGAAGUUGGACAGAGUGUCCGGAUUUAUCCCAACCAUGCAUGUGUUACAGGAGCCAUGUAUGGGUGGUACCUCGUGGUUGACUCCAGUGCGGAGAGCAGUCAAUCGAAGAUAGUGGAUGUAUGGGUGCGCGCAUCUGGUUGGUAA